UCUGCCCCAUGUCCUGUAGCUGGGCGAGGAUGCGUCAGGAUGAAACGCCACAGGCAUCUAAGCACCAGUGACAGUUCAGACAAUGAGAGUCCUUCCACUUCCUUUUCUUCUUGUUCUAAAUAUAGGAGCAAGUCAAAAACACCAGCAAAUGAACAAAAGAAGCCUGCUGAGGUGUUCCGCAAGGAUCUCAUUAGUGCCAUGAAACUCCCAGAUUCUCACCAUGUCAACCCUGACGAGUAUUACGUCUUUGCAGACACGUGGAAACAAGAAUGGGAGAAAGGGGUUCAGGUUCCAGCCAGUCCAGAAACUAUUCCACAGCCUUCUCUCAGGGUUGUAGCAGAAAAAGUAAAAGAAGUACUGUAUACACGACCCAGGAAAUACAUCCACUGUUCCAGCCAAGAACCCACAGAGCCAGGUUACAUCAAUAUUUUGGAACUAGCAGAAUCUGUGUGUCGCUAUGACUUGGAUGACAUGGACAUCUUUUGGCUCCAGGAGCUAAAUGAAGAGCUUACAGAAAUGGGAUGUGGGCUCCUGGAUGAAAACACAAUGGAAAAGACAAUUGAAGUGCUGGAGCGGCACUGCCAUGAGAACAUGAAUCAUGCCAUUGAGACUGAAGAAGGGUUGGGGAUCGAGUAUGAUGAGGAUGUCAUCUGUGAUGUGUGCCGGUCCCCAGACAGUGAAGAUGGGAAUGACAUGGUGUUCUGUGACAAGUGUAACAUUUGUGUCCAUCAGGCUUGCUAUGGAAUCUUAAAAGUACCUGAAGGGAGCUGGCUGUGUCGCACCUGUGUUCUGGGAAUACAUCCUCAGUGCCUCCUCUGUCCCAAAAGAGGAGGUGCCAUGAAAGCUACCAGGACAGGGACCAAGUGGGCACAUGUGAGCUGUGCUCUUUGGAUUCCAGAGGUUAGUAUUGCUUGCCCAGAAAGGAUGGAGCCAAUCACAAAGGUGUCUCACAUUCCACCAAGUCGAUGGGCUCUAGUGUGUAGUUUAUGCAAACUGAAAACUGGUGCUUGCAUUCAGUGCUCUGUGAAAAGCUGCAUCACUGCCUUUCAUGUCACCUGUGCCUUUGAGCAUAGCUUAGAGAUGAAGACCAUCCUGGAUGAUGGGGAUGAGGUCAAGUUCAAGUCGUAUUGCCUAAAGCACAGCAAGAACAAACAGAAUUUGCUGCCUGAUGUUGAGGAGCACCCCAAGAGUGUGUCAGAGCAAACAGAGAGUGAGAAAACGAGCCUGCGAGCCCAAAAACUCCGAGAGCUGGAAGAAGAGUUUUACUCACUAGUAAAAGUGGAGGAUGUUGCAGCAGAGCUGGGCCUUCCUAAACUUGCUGUAGACUUCAUCUACAAUUACUGGAAAUUAAAGCGAAAAAGUAACUUUAACAAACCGUUGUUUCCUCCCAAGGAGGAUGAAGAAAAUGGCUUGGUGCAGCCGAAAGAAGAUAGCAUUCAUACUCGCAUGAGGAUGUUCAUGCAUUUAAGGCAGGACCUAGAGAGGGUAAGAAAUCUGUGCUACAUGGUAAGCAGGAGAGAGAAACUGAAGUUGUCCCACAGUAAAGUACAUGAACAGGUCUUCAACUUGCAAGUCCAACUCAUUAAUCAGGAAAUUGCUGCAGGCCAUACCCUGACAAGUGCACUAGAGAACACACUGUUCUACCCACCUCCCAGGAUCACCCUGAAGUUAAAAAUGCCCAAAUCAGCAUUAGGAGACUGCAAAAAUAACUCGCUGAAGCCUGGCAACAGACCGCUUUCUCCUGACAACAACAGCACUGUUUACAGCAAACGGAGUAUGCCAAUGUCAAAGGAAUCAUUUGAAAUUAAAGCAAAAUCUUAUGCCAGGUAUCAGCACGACAGCAGAAGUAACGGGUUGCUGGCAGGGAUCGGCAAGCCUCGGAGUGAGGCAAAGGAUUCUGGCCCUACGCAGCUGAUGGAGUUUCACCGGGGCCAGCCAUCCGGGAAGCCUUUAGCACUCCAGGCUGCUUUGCAUGGACAGUCUUCCAUCGGAAAUGGACGGGUGCAGCAGGAGAACUCAAGGCUGGUGUCCAAAUCCAAUGGUCUGAUUGGCAGGGCUGGAGAUGUGAGCCAGAGAGACAGCUCCAGCCAGACGUCCUACGAACAAGAGUCCGUGCUCACGGCUCACUUGGCCAGCCAGAGUGGAUUCCGAAAAUCCACCAUAGAACAUUUCAGCCGGUCCUUUAAAGAGGCUACCAACAGUCUGGUGAGGACCACGGAAGAUCUCCGGUGCUGCGAAAAGCCAACAAGGAGACUUGCAACAAAAGAUCGCUUGUGGAGCAAGCAGACACUUGAAGGUGCUCCAUACCAGGACAACGAUGGGUACUGUCCUGACUUAGAACUGAGUGACUCUGAGGCAGAAAGCGAUGAAAACAAAGAGCAAGUGAGGUUAAGACGAAGUAGCUCAGAGAGAGAAAGCCCAAGUAAGGACUUUGGACGAGACUGUCACAAUAGAAACAAGAAGAAUAUGAUAUCUCACAGUUCGGUACAAAGGUGAUUAGAAGCCCCCACGGGGUAAUUCAGCCUUUAUGUAUUCCAGUGUACCAGUGCAAAGCU